GCAAUGUCUUGACACCUUCGUGGCCCUGGCCGAGACUUAGCGUGCCCUUCCUUAUCCCUCUUGGGGCCCUAAGGAACGGAUCCGCCUUUGCAGACCCUCCUGCCACUGUGGGCCAAUUGCCGACUAGCUGCAGGGGAGAAGUUGGACGAGACCGCGGCGUCAGGGAGCCCUGGCCAAGCUUUGCGAGGGAAGUGACUUGUGGAACUGCUGCGCCAGGUCGGGCAAGGAUCUCAAGCUUUUAGGACAUGUGGCUGCCGCGCAUCUCCAACACGGCCGUGAAGGCACUCGUGCUGGCGCAGACGGCCCUGCUGCUCUUCCUGGUCUCCCGGCCUGGAUGGCCCCGGCCCGCGGCCCCGGCGGACAGCCCGGAGCGCGUGCACGUGCUGGUGCUGUCCUCGUGGCGCUCGGGUUCGUCCCUGGUGGGCCAGCUCUUCAGCCAGCACCCAGAUGUCUUCUACCUGAUGGAGCCCGCGUGGCACGUGUGGACCGCCCUGUCGCAAGGCAGCGCUCCCGCGCUGCACAUGGCCGUGAGGGACCUGGUGCGCUCCGUCUUCCUGUGCGACAUGGCCGUGUUCGACGCCUACCUGCCGUGGCGCCGCAACCUGUCGGACCUCUUCCAGUGGGCGGUGAGCCGGGCGCUGUGCUCACCGCCCGCCUGCAGCGCCUUCCCCCGCGGCGCCAUCAGCACGGAACUGGUGUGCAAGCCCCUGUGCGCGCGGAGGCCCUUCGGCCUGGUGGAGGAGGCCUGCCGCUCCUACAGCCACGUGGUGCUCAAGGAGGUGCGCUUCUUCAACCUGCAGGUGCUCUACCCGCUGCUCAGCGAC